GCAACGUCAGCCUGUGCGUAGGGUUCAAAGACAGGAGCAAUACACACACACACACCUCGCUUCCUUAUAUCCAUAGACACACACGCACACACGCACACACGCACUCGCACAGAGAGACAGCAAAAGGAAGGUGACGAUGUCCGGCAUGUCGCUCGCACAGUCCCGCCUGCGAGAGGAGCGUAAGGCGUGGCGCAAAGACCGUCCCUUCGGCUUUUGGGCCAAGCCGAUGGAGAUCGCUGCCCCGCUCACCGCCGCCGGUCAGAAGCGCGACCGUGACGGCGCCAAUCAGCAGCAGCAGCAGAGGUUGAACACCGGCAACGGAGCCUCCCCGCCUGCGGUGUCGUCGUCUCCGAACUCCCCUGCGAACGCCGCCGCCGCCGCCGGGGCUGGGGCCGGCUUGGAUCUCCUGCACUGGGAGGCCGGUAUCCCCGGCAAGUCCGGCACACCGUGGGAGGGCGGUGAGUUUCGGUUGCGCCUCCACUUCACUGAGGACUACCCCACGAAACCGCCGAAGUGCGUCUUCGUACCGGUGCUCUUCCACCCCAACGUGUACCCGAGCGGCACCGUCUGCCUGUCGAUCCUCAACGAGGAGAAGGAUUGGCGGCCGAACAUUACCAUUAAGCAGAUACUGCUGGCGAUUCAGGAGCUGCUGGACCACCCGAACAUCAAAGACCCGGCGCAGGAGGAGCCCUACAAGGUGUACAUGCGAGACACGAAGGAGUACGAGAUGCGAGUUCGGCAGGAGGUGCAGCGGCAUCACUGGAAAGGCGCGUGA